CGUCUCAGGUUAACAUUAGCGUUUGGGACGUGGAACCGGGUUAAAGAGGCACCACUUUCUCCUAAAGUAGAGCUGUUAAACCCUAAAUCUCGCGAGGUGUUGAAUCAAAGAUGGACAAAAGCAUGCUCGCAGACUUGGAGUCUCUUCCUGAAGAAGAUAAGGUUCGAAUGUCCACCAUGAUCGAACAGCUUCAGAUCCGCGACAGUUUAAGGAUGUAUAAUUCAUUGGUGGAGAGAUGUUUUACGGACUGUGUGGACACAUUCCAACGGAAAUCCUUGACCAAGCAAGAGGAGACGUGUGUGCGUCGGUGUGCCGAGAAGUUCCUGAAGCACUCUAUGCGUGUUGGCAUGAGAUUUGCGGAGCUAAACCAAGGAGCAGCUACUACAGAUUAAGGUGUUUUUGGACAACUUGCGGCAUAGAACUCUUGUAACACCGGGAUUUGGUUUUUUAUUAUAAGUUCCUUCCUUGUUACUCCCUUCUUUAUGAUAAGAAGAAUAAUUUGUUUUUAUCCCAACUGAGUUUUGCAAUCAACAGGGGAUAGAAACAGACAUGAUAGAUAUUAUGGAUUAUUUAUAAUUUCUCAAGAUUUAGUUGGAUACC